GGUGCCAGGUUAUGCUGAUCACGGCUGUGGGGAGCGGAACAGACACUGUGGACCAAGGCCCAGCGGGGACCAGCUUGCGGGUCCUUGGCCGCCCCAUCCAGGACCAGCCUUGCGAUGGCCAGGCAUCCCGAGGAGAACCCUCCCGACGACCCCUCCUCUCACCCCGUCUCAGGCCUGGGUCUCCACGAGGCAGGCGAUCGGGAGGCGCCUAUACCCGAAGGUCACCUGCCGGCCUCCCCAGGGUUCCCCAGCCUCGGGUUGAAUAUUAACCGGCCUAAGCUAUAGAGUGGGGUAAAACGUUACAUAUAAAAAUGAAUCAUCUAUCCGAUCCCGGGAGAGGCGACCUGCAGCCAGGCUGCCGCGCUACGGCCUGGCCCGGGUGAUCGGGAGGCUGCACUUCCCUGGGACCCGCGGACUGGGCACGGGAUGGGGUGGGGUGGGGUGGGGUGGGGGCUGCAGGGCCCGGGGCGCCGGCAGACCUCCCUCCCUGCGGGUCCUGGGCCCAGGAAGGGCCUUCUCUCACCCCGAAGGUCUGGAGGUCUGUGUCUCUUACUCGGGUCAGGGGAGCAGCAGCAGUCCAGGAGCCGCUGUCCCCAGAGUAGGGAGACGCAGCCGCGGAGCCUGGUCCCGCGCGUGGAGAAGGUGGGUGGAAACCAGACCGAGGGCGGCUGCUCCUGCCAGUCCUUGGGCAUUGUCCACAAACUGCAGAAAGUUCUUGUACCUUUGGAGAAAACUGGUGGCACUGGUUUUCCCAGCUCAGAACCCACCUCCAACCUGUCUGUCCUCCUGGACCUCGGCAGUGCAGGGCGCCUGCCGCGGCACUGCGGCAUCUUAGCUGUUUCAAAGACCAUUGCUGCUGAGAACUUCUGGGUAGGGUGCAAGAUGAACAGGGGUUUUCAGCGAUUCAUCGAGCCUCAAGCCUGCCUUGAGCAGCGUGGAUGGGGAUUCACCAAACAUCCUCACUUAGUCUGGGAAGAAUAUGCUGAUGUGAAUUUAAGACGUGGUCACAGAGUGUUUGUCACUUCAUGAGCUGUCACUAUUCUGACCUGGCUGCACACCGUGCACUGUGUCAUUCCCGUAAAGCAAUUAUAGCCCACCUUUGUCAUUACCCAAGGCUGCUACCCCACUUCCCCCCAGAAAAACAGGAUUGACCCAGAGGUUCCACCAGCUGGCUCCCAAGAGACGAUGAGCACAUCAAAGAAAAAUAAAUAAAAAGAAACAUGAGUCACACA